AGUCCCGCAACGUGUUAAACGCAAACAGUUUGAUGUCUCAUUGUAUAAUUAUAUUGUUAAAAUAUGCGGAAAAUCGACUCAGUGCAGUUGGAGUGAGCACAUCUGAGUUGGCGUCAGCCGAUAAACAAAGGAAUUGAAAGUUGGCAUCAGAAUAUACUUGUACCACAGAAUCCGAAGAAGCAGCAACAAUAAAAAUUGGAGGAUCGAGGUCACUAGGCGACAAAUUGAAUUUGCUGCAGCAGAAUGUGACAUAUUAUAUAUUGGAAUUAGCCGCUUCUUAUAACAAGACAAAUGAAACAUUGAUACGAAACGUUCUUUUGUUCGGAUCUUUCGUUGGGAACACGCUACGUUUCGUCGUUGAAGACAAUAUUUCGAUUACAACAAAGAAAAAUGCCGAAACAUUUUCGGGAAUUGUCUUCGCGACAAAAAAAUCGGCGCCUUCAACAAUAUGAAAGGCAAUAUGAGCGUCAGCCAAUUGUACAUCAUGUCGAUAGACCUACGGUCAGUAUUGGAGUCGACUUAGAGUCGCUAGCUGAUAUGAGAGAGAGAGAGAGAGAGGAGGUGCCUAUAAUACAAUCUAUUCCUGAUGACUCUGAUUCAAAUAAUAUCAAUGUACUUUCUAUCGAUGUUUCAAAUUCUGACUAUGUUGAAUCGGAGGAUAAAGAAAAUACUGAUAAAAUUCCACAGCUUUCGAAUUGGUUAUGUUCUUGGAAACUAAAACAUAACAUUACUCAUACUGCUUUGUCAGAACUGUUAAAUAAAUUGCGUACAUGUGGUCACAGCGAUCUACCAAAGGAUGCAAGAACGCUUUUAAAUACGCCGAGAAAUAGUAUCGUAGAGGUAUCGGCAGAUAAUACAAGUUUUUUUCAUUACGGUUUGAAAAAAGGCAAUAAUUGAACAAUUGGCACGCACAAAGGUCAUAGCGGAAAAAGAAAUUAUUAUAGACUUGAAUAUUGAUGGACUACCGAUAUCAAAAAGCAGUAAAAGUCAAAUUUGGCCAAUAUUGGGCAAAAUUCACGGUGACAAGGCAUUUAUACCAUUUGUUAUUAGUGCUUAUCAUGGGUACUCGAAACCACCUUCUAUAAAUAAUUUUUUAACACCUUUUUGUCAAGAAUAUAAUAGUCUCCGAAAUACAGGACUUAUUUUCAAUAAGAAAAGAUACACUGUACGAAUUAGAAGUGUAAUUUGCGAUAGCCCUGCAAGAUCAUUUGUAACUUGCACAAAAUCACACAACGGAUUCUUUGGAUGUGGAAAGUGUAUGCAAGAAGGCACCUAUAUAAAUAAUCGUAUGUUGUUUUUGGAAUCCAAUGCAUCUCUUCGGACUGAUCAAAAUUUUAACAAUAGAGUACAAGAAGAUCAUCAUACUGGUGUAUCUCCUUUCGAGUCAAUACAACUGUCAAUGGUUUCACAGUUCCCUUUAGAUUACAUGCACUUAAUAUGUCUAGGAGUCAUGAAGAAACUGUUGCAAUUGUGGAUAAGUGGAUAUCAGAUAUCAAAGUUAAGUGGACGAAAAAUAGCAGAGUUGUCGGAAAAAUUAAUUGCAAUGUCGAAAUGGGUACCUAAGGAAUUUGCUCGAAAACCACGUUCUCUAGAUGAAUUGACUCGUUGGAAAGCAACAGAAUUGCGACAAUUUGUACUGUAUCUUGGACCAGUUGUGCUGCUAAAUAUUUUGUCUGAAGAAAAUUUACUGCAUUUCAAUGCACUAAAUUGUGCAAUACGGAUAUUGUGUCAUCCAACAGAUUGCUUCCGUAACAAUAAAUAUAGCACAGAUCUACUUAUUCUAUUUGUUCAGAAGUUUAAACAGUUGUAUGGCGAAGAUGCUAUAAUUUACAAUGUGCAUAAUUUACUUCACAUAAGUAAAGACGUACUGAUGUUUGGACCACUGGAUAAUUUUUUCUGCCUUUCCUUUCGAAAACUAUAUGCAGUCAAUAAAAAAAAUGUUGAGAAAGGCCGAUAAACCAUUACAGCAGUUAUAUAACAGAAUUUCGGAAAAUUAUAACCAAGUAAUUCAAUCUGAUUGUAACAAAUCUAGUAUACCUAUAUUGAAAAAGAAAUGUUUAAAAGUUCCUCCAAUGAAUUGUACCAAUGCUUAUAGUACGAUUCAAUUUAGCGAUUUUACAUUGACAAACAAGACACCCAACAAUUGUUGUUAUAUGAAAGAUAAAACAAUUGUUGUUAUUGAACAUAUUUGUUAUAACGAAGACGGAAGAGCCGUCAUUAUUGGAAAAAAAUUUUUGACGAAAAAUUCUUUGCCAUUCUAUCCUUGCGAGUCACAGAAUAUGGACAUAUAUGUGGUAAAAAAUUUAUCGGACUUAGUGAUGUGGCCAGUCACAGAAAUUCUGAAUAAAGCCGUUCAAUUUCCGUUUAAGGAUUUAACUUCAUGGUGCUGCAUGCCAUUAUUACAUUUAUCAUAACAAUUUUUUAAACUUUAUAUGAUACGCGUGCUUCUUUAUAAAUUGCGGCAGAGAUGCUAAUCCUGUUUACAUUUAAUGGCGUUUUACGUACUGCUAUAUGAUGUGUAUUGCAUAACAGUACCAACGAUAUGGAUAGACUUCGAGCGAUCAAUAUUUAAAAUGCCAAAAAAAAGUAAACAGCUUACUCAAGCCUGCAUAAAACAGAUGCCGCCGUGUGAUGAUUGGGACGAAUUAACAUUUCAUAAGAGCUUUGGUCCUUAUGAAACGUACCAAAAUGCACGAUCGGUCGAAAAAGUAGUGGGAGAAAUGUCAGCGUCAGAUGAUAAUAUUAAUAAUAUUAAUAUACAGGCAUAUGAUAAGUGUAAUGCUUCAAAGAAGAGGCUUAUAAAGAAGAGAAAAUUGUAUGGCGACACAAGCAACGAAGAUGAACCAAAAAAGAUGCGUCUUAAAUUGCCCUCGAAUUAUAUUCCACAAGUAGGAAGUGGAUAUGUUUCUGACUUGCAGCCUAAGAUUAAUAAAGCGAUCACUAAACCAGGUUCAUGCGAAUCCAGUGACUUAAAUCAGGCCGAUGAUACUCCAAAUUCUGAUAAUACUUUUGAUUCUAAUUCACUGCUGGAAGAUGAUUCUUCACAAGAAUUGUCAGAUUUCUCUGACAAUUCUUGUGAAGAAAUACAAUACAGUAACACAGAAACGCAGAAAGCAAUAACAAACUGUGGUCAUAAGCAAAAAAGUUACAAAACUGUAAAAGAAAUACCGAAAACAGUAAAAACCAAUUGUGUGGGACAGGAAAAAGCUUCAACAGCUCAGCCAAAAAUAAUGUCAGCUGACAAUACAGAAGAAUUUGGGAACGAAAUUUGGGACGAAAAUUUGGGAAACCAAUCUAAUGAUUUAGAGCACACAUGUUGUGGAAUAUGCCGGCGUGGUAUUAAUGCAAAAUUAGCUAUACUGGAGCGUAAACUUAAUCGAAUUAUUCAUCUUUAUGAAAAUAAACAAGAAGUACAAAAUGAAAGAGAAGUGCAGGUGGUCGAUUUCUCUCUCUUACCAAAUUUGCCCCUCACUACGGUGGAGAGAAUUGAAGCGUUUAAUAAUCAACUGGAUAGAGCUGAUGUUCGGCGACAAUUUAUUCAGAAAAUGUCACAAGUGGGCGGAGAAACAGUCGCCAAAAAUGUUAGAAAUAUAAUGUCGCAAACUAUUGGUUACGAAGUUGCGCAGGCAUACACGUGGACAGGACAAAAAAAUAAAUUGUCUCUAAGAAAAUCAAGACUAUCCGAUACAAUCAUUGAAACUGUAUUGAUGCAAGGAAAAAGCACCGUGAGUGAAAUAGAAAAAUGCAUGCAGGAAUGGUUGAGACGAUCUGGUGACAGGAUACGAGCAAUAUUAUUAAAAAAGUGACAUUUUACAUUACGAUCUGGCGACAGGAUACGGGUGAUAAAUUGUUUAAAAAGUAAUGUUAUAUUUCAAUCCAUAUAUUCUAAAAUAUAUAUUUUAUAUAAUAUAUUAUUAAAUCUUUGUAAAAAUAAAGAAUAAAUAUUGUA